AUGCUUCUCCCCAAAGGCGGAAUCAACUGGAAGUCUGCCCAGGCCAGACUACCUCCUACCAGAGCGAUAUGGGCCUUCGUGACCAGAACGCGCUUUCUCUUCCUCAUCGCCCUCACCGGCUUCGUUCUGCUACUAUGGCGCGGUAUUCGCUCAUCAGCUUCCGAAAUGCAGAGCUUCUACUGCUGGGGCCCCGCGAAGCCCCCCAUGGAGAUGUCGCUCAAUGAGCAAGCUUCGUGGGCCGCCCACCUCCAGACCCCCGUCAUCUUCAACCACCACGAACCCCUGGAAAUCAACCACACCUCCAUCCAGCACGUCAACCUCAACCCCAUCAAGUCGACGCGCAAGGCCGUCACCAACGAGGAGCGCGUCCUGAUCCUCACUCCCCUCAAGGACGCCGCCCCCUACCUUUCCAAGUAUUUCGAGUUAAUCGCCGAGCUGACUUACCCCCACCACCUCAUUGAUCUUGCCUUCCUCGUUGGCGAUUCUAAGGAUGAUACCCUUGCCGUUCUCGCUUCCGAGCUGGACCGUAUCCAGCGUCGACCCGACAAGAUCCCCUUCAACAGCGCCAUGGUUGUCGAGAAGGACUUCGGUUUCGAGCUCAGUCAGAGCGUUGAGGAGCGCCAUUCGUUCAAGGCCCAGGGCCCCCGACGAAAGGCCAUGGGCCGCGCUCGUAACUAUCUUCUCUCUGCUGCCAUGAAGCCCGAGCACUCCUGGAUCUACUGGCGCGAUGUCGACAUUGUGGACAGCCCUAAGAAGAUCCUUGAGGACUUUAUUGCUCACGACACCGAUAUCCUUGUGCCCAACAUUUGGUUCCACCGCUACCGCGAUGGCCGCGAUAUCGAGGGUCGCUUCGACUACAACUCCUGGGUUGAAUCCGACAAGGGUCGCAGACUUGCCGCGACCUUGGACAAGGAUGUUGUUCUUGCCGAAGGCUACAAGGAGUACGACACCGGUCGUAGGUACAUGGCCAAGGAGGGUGACUGGCGCAACAACAAGGACGAGGAGCUCGAACUCGACGGUAUUGGCGGUGUCAACAUCCUUGUCAAGGGUGACGUCCACCGAUCAGGAAUCAAUUUCCCAUGCUAUGCCUUCGAGAACCAGGCCGAGACAGAAGGCUUCGCCAAGAUGGCCAAGCGUGCCGGCUACCGUGUGGUCGGUCUGCCCAACUACGUCGUCUGGCACAUUGACACUGAGGAGAAGCCUGGAAACGCAUGA